CUUAUUAUGCAGAUCCACGGUUAUCACCUCUGGCUACACAGUUUAGAAUCAUCAUGAGAGCUUUCAGAAAAUAGGAUGCCUUGGCCUGACUCAUGGCCAAUUAAGUCAGAGUCUCUGGUUUGCCUCCCUGCAACUCUGAAAUCUUAUUUUUUGAACUCCCAGAUGAUUCCCAUGUACUGUGAAGACUGGAAAAUUAGAGUAGAUCAAGAUCUGGGCAUCAUGAGGUCAUAUUAUAAGUUUUGCAGGCACUUACACAUUUGAAGUCAAAGACGGUACAACCCUGGAAGCACUAUUAGAGAAUCCACCACAGAAUCUACCCCAAAUGGAAGGUGACCAUAUGUGUAUAGAAUAUGCAUAACGCGUAGCAGAGCAAGAGAGCUGAGACAAGAUCUUGACCGUGCAGGUCUGUUCAGAGAUGAGUAAACUGAGGCACGAAGAGGUUAAGUCCAAGGCUUCAUCUUAUUUAACCCAGGGAGGGAAGCUGAGGAGCGGAGAGAAGGAGGCACAGACCAGCACCAAGGUCUACAAGCCCACGGGGCCCAGCUCCCAGGGGCAGAAGCAUCAAAAGUGGUGCCCAGCAGCCUAUAAGGAUAGAGGCCUCCAGGAGGGUCUGCUCCCCAUCUCGCCAAGGAUGGGUUUCCAGGGGAAGCUCUGCUCCUUGUUGGGGCUCCUGUUUGGCUCUGUGCUUUUGGUGGCCUCAGCCCCGGCCACUCUCGAGCCUCAUGGCUGCAGCGACAAAGAGCAGCAGGUCACCGUCAGCCAUACCUACAAGAUUGAUGUGCCUAAGUCGGCCCUGGUCCAGGUGGAGGCAGACCCUCCACCCCUCAGUGACAAUAGGGCCUGGCUCCCAGUCCCCCAGGAGGCAGAGGAACAGAACAUCAUCUUCAGACACAACAUUCGCCUGCAGACGCCGCAGAAGGAGUGCGAGCUGGCAGACAGCAUUCAAGACCUCCUGGCCCGGGUGCAGAAGCUGGAGGAAGAGAUGGCCAAGGUGAAGGAGCAGUGUAACCUCCAGCACUGCUGCCAAGGGGCUGCCGGUCUGAGCCGCUCCUGCAGCGGCCACGGCACCUUCUCCCCGGAGAACUGCAGCUGCCGCUGCGAGCAGGGCUGGGAGGGCGCCGAGUGCGAGCGGCCCGCCUGCCCCGGUGCCUGCAGCGGUCACGGCGAGUGCAUGCGCGGCGUCUGCCGGUGCCACGACGACUUCACGGCAGACGACUGCAGCGAACGCCGCUGUCCCGGCGACUGCAGCAGCCACGGCUUCUGCGACACGGGCGAGUGCUACUGCGAGGAGGGCUUCGUGGGCCUCGAUUGCGCGCAGGUGGUUGCCCCCCAGGGCCUGCAGCUGCUCAGGAGCACGGAGGACUCCCUGCUGGUGAGCUGGGAGCCGUCCAGUGAGGUGGAUCACUACGUCCUCAGCUACUACCCCCUGGGGAAGGAGCUCUCUGUGAAGCAGAUCCAGGUGCCCAAGGAGCAGCACGUCUACGAGAUCCUGGGUUUGCUGCCUGGAACCAAGUACAUAGUCUCAUUGCGCAACGUGCAGAAAGAUGUUUCCAGCAGCCCACAGCAUCUACUUGCCACCACGGGGCUCGCUGUGGUGGGCUCCGCGUGGGUGGCCGAAGAGACUUCCAGCUCGCUUGAUGUGGAGUGGGAGAAUCCUGCAGCCGAGGUGGACUACUACAAGCUGCAGUAUGGCCCCAUGACAGGGCAGGAGGUGGCAGAGGUUGCCGUGCCCAAGAGCAGGGACCCCAAGAGCCGUUACGACAUCAAGGGUCUGAAGCCCGGGACGGAGUAUAAGAUCACAAUUGUUCCCAUGAGAGGAGAACUGGAGGGCAAGCCGGUCCUCCUGAAUGGCAGGACAGAAAUUGAUAGUCCAACCAAUGUGGUCACUGAUCAUGUGACAGAAGACACAGCGGUGGUCUCCUGGCACCCAGUCCAGGCUGUCAUAGAUAAGUACGUGGUGCGCUACACCUCGGCUGAUGGGGAGGCCAAGGACACGGCAGUCCCUGGGGAGCAGAGAAGCACCGUCCUGACCGGCCUGAAGCCGGGAGAAGCAUACAAAGUCCAUGUGUGGGCUGAGAGGGGCAACCAGGAGAGUGAGAAGGCUGACACGGAGGCACUCACAGACCUUGACAGCCCCCAAAACCUGGUGACCAAGCAGGUGACAGAAAGCACGGCCACUGUCUCCUGGGACCCAGUGCAGGCCGUCAUCAACAGGUACCUGGUGCGCUACACCUCUGCUGAUGGAGACACCAGAGAGGUGCCAGUGGGGAAGGAGCAGAACAGCACCACCCUGACGGGCCUGAGGCCGGGCGUGGAGUACACGGUCCACGUGUGGGCCCAGAAGGGGGACCGGGAGAGCAGGAAGGCCGACACCAUGGCCCUGACAGGUAAUGGCACAUUGUUCCUUGGGAAUGUCUUCCAGCGGCGGAACACGGGGCAGUUGGAUUUCUUCAAGCGUUGGCGGACCUACGUGGAAGGCUUCGGGGACCCUAUGAAGGAGUUCUGGCUCGGACUUGACAAGCUACACAGCCUCACCACUGGCUCUCCUGCCCGGUAUGAGGUGAGAGUGGACUUGCAGACUGCCAACGAAUCCGCCUAUGCCAUAUAUGAUUUCUUCCAAGUGGCCUCCAGUAAGGAGAGGUGUCACCGCAUCUGCCAGAUUUACCUUCUGUCUCCCGUCAUGGCAGCCUCCAGGCCCUGCUGCCAGCCUCCUUCCCUCAGUCAUGUCUGUUCAAGUGUGUCGGCGCCAGACAGCCCUCUCUCUCGUCAGGUCUUCCAGCGGCGGAACACGGGGCAGUUGGAUUUCUUCAAGCGUUGGCGGACCUACGUGGAAGGCUUCGGGGACCCUAUGAAGGAGUUCUGGCUCGGACUUGACAAGCUACACAGCCUCACCACUGGCUCUCCUGCCCGGUAUGAGGUGAGAGUGGACUUGCAGACUGCCAACGAAUCCGCCUAUGCCAUAUAUGAUUUCUUCCAAGUGGCCUCCAGUAAGGAGAGGUACAAGCUCACGGUCGGGCAAUACAGAGGCACGGCAGGGGAUGCUCUUACUUAUCACAACGGAUGGAAGUUUACAACUUUUGACAGAGACAACGAUAUCGCCCUCAGCAACUGUGCCCUGACACAUCAUGGCGGCUGGUGGUACAAGAACUGCCACUUGGCCAACCCCAAUGGCAGAUACGGGGAGACCAAGCAUAGUGAGGGGGUGAACUGGGAGCCGUGGAAAGGACAUGAAUUCUCCAUUCCUUAUGUGGAAUUGAAAAUCCGCCCUCAUGGCUACAGCACGGAGCAUGUCCUGGACAGAAAGAAGCCGACACUGGGAGAAAACUCGAGAACGUUCUGAUGGGCAGUUUGAGCAGUCCUCUGAGUCCUAUUUGCAGCCCGGGGAUUGGGGCUUUGUAUUGGGUAGGGGGUGGGGGUGGCGCCUGGUUAAUGGGAGUUUGAAGUAUGCUUAUAGCUCUGGUUCUGAGGUGGAUAACCUACAGGAUGAAGUAUGUCACCGAGCCUCAAACAACAGAGGUUACUUCCCGUCACCUGCGUUUUUGCCCAUUCAUACUGGGGGCCUGAAAAUCAGCACCAUAGAAGUUGCACAGAGUAUAUGGGAAGCCAGUACUGGGACUGCAGAAUUUCUCAGUCUGUCUUCAGUAACAAAUAUGCAGAAUUAGGGGGGGGAAAAAAAGAAGAGGAAGAAGAAGAAAAGGAUCAUUUAGUACUUUGCUGAUUUGGAAAUCUCUGGAAAUUGGUAUCUAUCUAUCUAUCUAUCUAUCUAUAUAAAGCUCUGCUAAUACAAGUCUCCUCCUUAUAAAGAAGCAUUAAAGGAGUUCUCAUUGAUGACCAAGGGGCUGAGGUAGCCUGAUGCUUGUCACCUCCCAUUUCCACUGGGCUUUGAGGAAAAAGAUGUAAAUCUGCCCCCUUUUCUUUAAGAACAUGCUGGCAUUAUGAAGAAGAAUAAGGGGACCCAAAGAGACCAAGACGGAUUCACAUGCAGCUAAGUUCUGACUAGUAUCCAGGGUGCUGGAAACCAAAGCUUCCACAUUGCUGCUAUUUUUAAGUGCCCCCUUUCCAACUAUUUGCAUAAUCACUUUCAUAGAUCUGCAUAUGUUGUGAAUAAAUUCUCACUCAUUUCAACUUUAAAUACUUUGAGUCUCUUGAUAACUGGUUCCUCCCAAAGACUCUUUUCUGGGAUUCCCUCUCAUGCCGUCAAGUCCUCAGCCUCCCUCCUCUCCCCGGCCCCCCGCACUGCUGGAUCUCGGGGUUUUCAGGGCUUGAAGGUGCUCAG